AGCCCUUCUCUCCUUUUCCCAAAAUACCAUAACAAAAAAACGCGAACUGAGAGAGAGAGAGAGAGAGAGAGAGAGAGAGAACUCAGAGAGAGAGAACACCAACAAAAACGAAGAAGCCUCAGUAGAAAGAAAAAAAAAAAAAAAAAUAGAAACUCAGAAGAAACAGAGCAGAGAGACAAAGGAAAAAAAAAAAAAAUUUAGAAAACCCAAGAAGACUUACUGAUAAAAAUCAUAUUUUCCUGCUAAAUUUUUUUCCCAAAUUUUUUUUUUUGGGUUCUUUCUUUGUCUCUCUGGAGGAAGAUAGAAAAGAGAAAAGAGAGAUCUCUUGUCCUUCUACAAUGCCCACUUUGUAGCGGACAAGGGUUUCUUCGGAUCGUAACUGGGUACUACUCGAAUUUACCGAUUUUGGACUUAUUAGGGUUUGAUCAGAACAGAGAUUGAGGAACUGAGUGUGGUUGGGAUCGACACAGAGUUGUGCAUAGAAUGGGCUUGGGCUCCGAUCUUUUAUGGAGUUGGAAUUGUGGAUUUGACAGUGCUGUGAUUAAGCUUUUAAACUCUGAGAUUGCAUAGAUUGAUGGAUAACAUUUGUUGGUAUGAGGAUGGAAGAAGAUUGCACGUAUUAAAUUGUCUAGAAGAGUGAUCAAAGUUGUGAAGAAUCUCUAUUUUUGAGAAAUUGAGGUUCUUUUGGUGAGUUUUUGUAUUUUGUGCAUUUGAUCUUCACCAGGGAAUGAAUUUGGUAAUUGGUUUUGGUUUUAUGGAGGAGGUGAUGAUACUGUUUUGGACCAGAAGGCAACACAAAGGAUCAGAUUGUGGUGGACUAAACCGUUUGGAUUAACUUAGUUUGAGCAAACUCGUUGAACAAAUAGUUAUUUAAGUUAUUUUCCUUUUUCUGGGUUAAGUUUUGUUGGAUUUAUUCAGUUUAGUGUUACAUCUGAUUGACUUUUCGAUUUGCCACGGCUUAAUUCUUGAAGUGAAUUUUGUAGUAUCUGCUACCCAUUUGCACAGUUUUGGUUAAGGGGACUAGGUUUUAGCUAACUCUGGAAUUUGUAUUUCUUGGAGUGACUGAGAAGCUCAUGGAGGAAUAUUGAUGCUGGAAAUCAAUGCAGGGACAUGGUGUAUGGACAGGAGCUUAGUUUUUGGUUCGUUCCCUUUCCGGAACAGUGCUACUGGAGAGCAAUAUUAGCAUUUUCUUCUGUGGGAGGCACUUGUCUUGUGUGUUGUGGGAUUUUGUGCAAUGUCGCGCUGCUUUCCAUUUCCGCCACCAGGGUAUGAAAGGAAGGCUAGGACUGAUGAUGUGGACUUGACUGAUGAUGUGGACUUACUUAAAAAGGAGAAACACAGAGAAAAGAAGCAUAAAAAGGAGAAAAAGGAUAAAGAGAAGAGAGAAGGUAAAGAAAAAAGAGAGAAAGAUAGAAGUGAUGAAAAACAUCGAGAAAAGAAAGAGAAAAAGGAAAAACAGAAGGAUAAAAAGAAGGAUAAGGAGAAGGACAAGGAGAAGGACAGGGAUAAAUCAAAAGAUAGAAGUGGUACCUUGGAUGAGAAGAUACUUUCAGGGCAAGCUGAGUCUCGUGGUGGAGAGAAACUUGUACAGAAAGAGGGAAAAGAUAAAGAUAAAGGCAAUAGUGUUGACAAGAGAUUUCCUGGGCAAUUUGCUGGUUAUAAGGCAGAGAAGCCCAGUCAAAAAAGUUACUUGGAUGAGGGGAAUAAGGAUUCUAAAUUGGUGCAGGAGUUGGGUAGGAGGAUUAAAGAUGAAGCCAAAGGAAUUGGAAACCAGUUUGAGAAUUUUUCUAGUUCAGACCCAAAAAAUGAUGAAGGGAUGGUCAGAUUGGUGGCCAAGGGUACUGGCUCUUUGGCUGAAGUUAAGGAAAAAAACAAGGACAGGAGAGUCGAAGAUAAAACAAUGGUGGAUGGGCAAAGAAUCAGGGAUGAAGCAAAAGUUAGUGGAAAUGCAAUGGUUCAGAACGCUGCUGGCAAUAUUCCGGCAAACUUUGGAGCAAUGCCCAAACUAUUGGAUAAGAAUGUUGAUAGGAAAAUGGAAGGACAAGAAAAGGCAAAAGAUAAACGAGGUGAAGAUAAACGAGGGGAUAAAAGGAAGGACAAAGAGAAAGAAAAGAAAAGCCAAAAGAAGGAUAAAAACAGGGAUAAAGAGAAGAAAAAGGAGGAGAAAGCGAAAGAGAAGAUUCAAAUUAAGAAUGCAGAGAAAAUUCAACUUCAGAACACGGAGAAAAUUCAACUUCAGAACACACAGAAAAUUCCACUUCAGAACAUUGAGAAAAUUCAAUCAAAGAACAUAGAGCCAGAUAACUUGAGAGAAAGCAACAAAGAUGACCUCGUUGGUUUUAAUUCAAUCAAAACCUCCCAACUUUCCAAGGACAGCAACAAAAUUGCUGCUGCUGCUGAGGGAAAUCUUAAGAAACGGAAGGACUUGGAGACAAAUGGUGUUCUGCACGCCAAUGACAUUAAGCCCAGUAAGUUGCCAAGACCUACAUCUUCCUCUCAGCCUUCUGUGGAAAAUGGAAGGAUACUCGAUCCUUCCCAAAAUUCCAUCCUUCACCCAUCAGAUAGGCAGGGAGCAGCCCAUAAUGUUAAGAUUGAUAAUAAGGAACACAAGAUGAAUGGCAUAAUAGAUACUCGACCAUCAUUGGUCUCUCCCAUGAAGCAUACCUCUGCCACAGCACAAGCUGAUCCCAUUGCUGAAGCAUCUUCAAGACCACCCCAUCCAGAUUCCAAAUAUCUAAAUGUCAUUUACUCUGUACCGAAAAUGGAGGAAUGGUCUGAUUUUGAUGACCAAGAAUGGAUGAUUUGCAGCAAUGACUCCCAGCUGAAGAAGCCCAAGGUGGAAUCUUCAUCAGUUGAGGAAGCACCGCAGGUUUGGGCAGAAGCUCUGCAGAUGGAAUCAGCUGAUAUUUGUGCUCUGCCAUAUGUUAUUCCUUAUUGAUUGAUUAUUAAAAUGGGCAUGCUUCACCCUCCUAAUUCAUCCAAUCCGGCCAACCCUCCAUCAGGACCACUUAAAGGUACAACAGGUAUCUGGCCCUUGAGAUGGAUUUUCUGAUUUUUUUUCUUGCUGGAUCCUAUUGUUAUUGUGCUUUGUGGCAGUGAGUGUAAAUUAUUGAUACACACCUCACAGCAUGCUUCAGCAUAUCACUGGGCGCUCAUACUUGAUGCUCAAAGUUGGAGGGUCGUUUCCCGGAGUGGCAUUAAAACCACUAAUUCAUUGGACAAGGUAAUUUUCAUAAAGGCGACGACCAAGUGGAAGUUGCUUUAGGAAGAGGAGAGAGAUGUAUAAGCUUUGUGCAAUUUCAUAUUUCAUUUUCGUAAAAGCUGAGAAGCUUUUUCUAAUUGAGAAUGUAAGAGAAACCAGAUGUGGUCUUUCCAACUCCACCACAAUUUUGAUUUGUAACAUAGAACUCUUAUUUACAAGAAAUGUAAGAUAGAGGGAAAAAGAAGAAAAAGUAGUUGCAUUCAUUUAUUCACCUCAUCUGUAAUUUUGUUGAUAAUUCCAUUAUAUAUUCUCUAUAGUGUUGAGUGAUCUUUUACAAGAAGCUUCAAUUUUCUCUAA